AUGGCUAAACCCAAACAGCAACCUAGAGGGCAUCAAGGAGGUCGUGGAUACAGAUUCGGUCGAGGAAGAGGCGGCAAAUUCAACAAAUCCCACUUUAAUUCACAGGAUACAGAAGACAACAACUCCCGUCCUCCAGCAAAGAGCUCCGAACCUAGUGCAUCUCGCGGCAGAGGCGGAUAUAGGAACGUUUCCUCCGGAGGACGAAAGCACGAUCUCAAUAAACCCGGAGACUCGCAGAAACCAGGUAUCACGUUCACCGGGAAUGUCAAAGCCUCUGUACCCAAUGGCCUAACCAGCAAUACGAAUAAUACCUUUUCGGAUGCUUACCAGACCGGCUGUUCGAACCGCGAUGGAAAAAGCUUCACCAAAGCGUACACUGGUUCUUCGUCAAAGCCCAAGCCAAACGAAAUCUGUGUCCUUUCCCCUCAGCCUCUGCAGUUCGUUCCUACGAAGAAGACCUUCUACCAAGCCCCAGGUAGGGAUACACCUGCCAUCGUGAGAGACACUCCACCCGCCAAACUUUCAGCAUUUCAGCGUCUUCCCGGCGAGUUACGUUGGAGGAUCUAUGAACUCGUUUUUGACGUUCAACGAGUCGAAGUCCUCCGUUUGCGGGACAGAAAUCCAGAAAACAACAUCAAGAGAGUCCAUUACCGCCUCUACCAUCGUCAACUGCGACCUCGCGACCCAAGAACACAUGCCGCACCCUCAAGUGAGGGACGCUUUACUUGUCCUGCCCUCCCCAUUGCGCUUCUGAUCACCUGCCGCAGCAUCUAUCGUGAUACGCUGUGCCUGUUCUACUCCAGGAUGCAGUUCAUUUUCAACACGACUCGUACCGUGAUGCGCUUUCUGAAGAUCACCAGCAAGGAAGCUCAAAUGGCGAUCCAGCACAUCGAGCUCAACCAUACCAUGUACAGCGAGCCUGCGCUGCUGAAGUUCAGGUGGUACAAGUGCAUGAGCGACAUGGCGUGGUACAAUGCCUGCGAUGACCUGACUGUUUACUGCAAGUCGCUGCGUGUCCUUCAUAUCGAGAUGUAUAUUCGGGACUGGCCCAUCAGUCUUCAAGUGGGUGAGCGGUGGUCCUUGCCGCUGCUUGCCUUCGCGCGCUAUGGACCACGACUCGACUGGGUCGACAUUCGACUUCACAUGAGCAGCUUCAAAAAGGACCAGCUUGAGAAAGUCGCUCGGGAGAUUGAGGAACAGAUCAUGGAUCCAACGGCUUUUCAAAUUCGUGAGGAUGAACGACUGGCGAGGGAGUUGGCGGGACCUGUCAAAGCCAAGGUUUUAAGACUUAUGUUUUAG